AUGAUGAGCGGCGUCACCCUUCCCCCGGCUACACACCGCCAACGCGCCCUUCCCCAAGGCGAGCUCGAAGCAGCCUCAACACUCAAGCUCGGCGCGGACCAGAAUACGCAUACGUUAUCGCUUUCGGAAGCGCGUCUUGUCAUCAACAAGGUGCUUGAGAACAAGCGGAGGGGCGGAAAGAAAUACGAAGAGCCGGAGAACCUCGCUAAGACAUUGGCGUACCUUGAGCAGUUUGCCCGGUUCAAGGAAGAGGAGAACAUUAAGGCUGUUGAGCGGCUGUUAAAUUCGCAUACAGAGCUGGAGAUGUUUGAGAGGUCGCAGCUUGGAAGUUUAUGCUGCGAUAAUGCGGAAGAGGCAAAGUCGCUUAUCCCCAGUCUGCAGAACAAGAUCUCCGAUGGCGAGUUGCAGGAGCUGUUGGAUGAGUUGACGAAGCUGAGAAAUUUCACGGACUAA